GCACCGGCAAGUCAUCUCUGCGUCCUGGGACAAGACGCUGCGCGGAUGGGACCCCAGAAAGCCACGCGAGGCGGUGGCCACCGUCCACCUGGGUGCCAAAGCCUUCAGCAUGGACAUCAAGGGCAACAAAGUUCUUGUCGGCGCAUCCGACCGUUGCCUCCACGCCUUCGACCUUCGAAGCCUCUCGCAGCCCGUGGAGAAGCAGGAAAGCCUGCUGAAGGUGCAGCUCCGGUGCGUCAAGAUCGGACCGGACGAGCACCACGCCGCCGUCGGCAGCGACGAGGGGCGCGUCGCGCUCGAGCCCCUGGGCCGUAGCCGACCUGCGGAGGCCUCCGUCCGAUACGCCUUCAAGUGCCAUCGCUCCAAGUCUUCGGGGAAAGAGCUGGCGCACCAGGUGAAUGCAAUCGCGUUCCACCCCACCUAUGCCACCUUCGCCACCGGAGGCGGCGAUGGUUCUGCCUGCACUUGGGACGGCUUCGCCCGGAAGCGAUUGGCCAAAUUGGGCCCCUUCCCCACCGCCGUCUCCAGCCUCGACUUCUCGGCGGACGGCGCCUUGCUGGCGGCCAUGGCGGCUUUGCUGGAGUUGCUGCGCUGGCCCAACUUCACUCAUGAUGAUGAGGUUGGCCAGGGCACUGAGGGGAAGUUUGGGAUCCCCAGAUUCAAUGGUGAGCCGACCAGACUCGCCGAGUAUGCUUUUAGAGUUCGAGCCAGGAUUGCCAAGGAGAAGACGAUGAGCAAGGAAGAGAAGGCCAAGCUUGGGCCUCUUGGGCUGCGCCUCGUUGAGGGGAUCUCCGGAACGGCUUUGCGCAUGGUGCAGACCAUGGAGAUGACCGAACUGGAGAAAGAGGACGGCCCCGACAAAUUGCUGGAGACCUUCGAGAAGAUCCUCAGACCCAAGCGGCUUCAGCAGGCAAGAGAGCUUUAUGCUGCUGGUGCCACUUCCCAUGGCAUUCUCUCCCGGCAACCUGGCGAGCCCGUAUCCACCUUUGUUCUCAGAAGGCGCACGUGGUACCGCUGUCUCACGGACUGCAGCAAUGAGAUGCGCCUUCCGGACAUGGUGUUGGCUGAGCAACUGCUGGCUUCCUCGAAUAUCUCGGCCGACCAUCAGCUGCUCAUCCGGACGGCGAUCAAGGGCGAGAUCACCUUUGAUGCUGUGGCCGACGAACUGGUGGCUCAACACGGCCGGAUCCAUGAGAGGGAGCGACGCACGCCAGCGCCGCACAAAGGAAUAGGACACAAGGGCUCUGGAACGCGCUCCUGGGCGACCUCCUCUACCCGAUCCUGGCGGCCCUCUAGCUACAUGGCCGAGACUGAGGACACGACGGAGUACAACGAGCACCACGACUUCCCAGAGGAGGACAUGUAUGAGGGGUACAUCGCCGAGGAGGAGCUGGACUUCGAGGAGGAGCAGAUUGGCUAUCUCGUCGAGGACGGGGUGGAUUUGCUGGACCCUGACACUGCCGAGUAUGCAGCCGACCUUAUGCAGAUUGAGCAAGAAGCGCACUUCGCGCGCAAGGGUGCUUCGAAGAAGGGUGGCGGCUUCCGAGGCCCGCCCACGCGGCAAUUUGCCGUCACUGGCUCACUCAGCCUGGAAGAGAGAAGGAGGAAGGUGGCGGACCUGAAGGCCCGCGCCACUUGCCGCCGCUGCGGACAACGCGGCCAUUGGCAAGAAGAUCCGCAUUGCCCUCAGACCAAAGGCGCUGGCCGCUCAGGAAAGGCGCGACCAGGAUCCUCGACGACAUCCCCGCCUAGCUCUACUACAAGUUCGCUGUCGCAUGGCAAGGGCAAUGCUGGGAAAACUGGCAAGCCUCGUCCCGUGUACUUUGCCAUCCGCGAGGACGAGCCGCACCGGCGCACCGCCAACUUGGCCUAUCGGACACCAGGCCUCAACGACUAUCGGGCUGUGCCACCGCCGCGUGAUCUGCGCGGCAAUGGCGUCAUUGACCUUGAGAGCGACGGCAACGACCACAGCCCAACCGAGUCCUCGUGGAGCUUGGUGUCUGCAGAGUUGCAACCGCGAUGGCUUCCGGAUGCCACGCCGGCACCUACGGCGAAUGACCUCGAGGAUGCAAUGCUGCAGCAAGCCCUUAGUGCAAUGGAAGUGGACACUCCUAUUCAUGCGAUCGGGGGGCCAGCCGCUUCAAGGAUGUCGGCGACGACAACGAGAGCAUCGCCGACCUCCUCGACCCCUACCAUGUCUCAGCAGUCACAGCCCUCGCCGUCGCGAACGGGGUGCCAGCACCUAAAGACCACCACUAAGGGCAGCAAUGCGCACUAUCGCCAAAUGAAAUGUCUUGACUGCGGGGCCUUGCUUGAGCGGACGAAGAUCGAGCCGACGACGUCCACUGCAUCGACUACCGCCAUGCCAAAGCCUGGCUGUGCACAUCACCGGGUCUCUUGGCGAGGAACGAAUGCUUUCUCUUGGAAGCGCACCUGCUUGGACUGUGGUUUCCAGGAGAGCGGCCCGAGCAGUACGAGACCAGCGCCAGCAGCAGGCGCCCCGGGUCCUGGAAGGACACCGCAGCAGGAGAGCCGAGGUUUGUCAUCGUUGGACGAGGAGACCUAUCUGACACGAGCAGAGGCGGAGCGUGCCGUGGCAACCUUCCAGGAGGCUGUGCACCAACGGCUUCAACACGUCGGAACCGAGAGCUACAUCAAGGGAAGCUCUUUGCGAGAAUCCUUGAGGCUGAUCCUGCAGAUGGUGACCGUCUUCAACGACCCGCUGCCAACAGAGCCACAACCUGUACCGCAACAUGACGCUGAGCUUGGACGAUUGGAGACCCUCCGCGAUCGUGCCUCUGCUCUGGCCACCGAGGGGAAGUACAAGAACGAGCCCGUCUACCAUGCCUACCAGGACAUCGGCUACCGCAAUUGGGUGCAAGCGAACAUCGACGACCACAGCGGCCGAGGGAUGAAGCAACUCAAGCUGCUCUUCGUGGAAAUCGCCCAGCACGAGACUCACCGUGGCCCCCUCUUCAAGGAGCCAGUUCGACGAGCUUUUAUGGCCCUUAAUGAUGUCGACCUGGAAGGGCCCACGGGAUCGGAAGGUGCUUUGGUCUGUGUGCUGGACACAGGUUGCAACACUACGUGUCAUGGCAGCCGAUGGUUGCAGCGCUACCUGGAGCUCACCAAGCAGGAGGCCCCUGAUCUUCUGCCGGACACUGGUGGGGGAUUUCGCGGCAUUGGAGGUCUGGUCCAGACCUCUGGGGCCCGCGAGCUGGACUUGUGCCUGGAGCUUGCCAAUGGAGGAUAUGCCAACGGGAGCCUACGGAGCGUGGAGAUAGAGGACAGUGAUGCGCCGCUGCUCGUGAGUUUGGAGGCACAGCGGAGGUUGGGCCUGGUUCUUGAUCUGAGUCGCGAGGUGGCCCAUUCUCAGCUUCUUGGUCAUGACCUUCGACUUGUGCACCAUAAUGGGUUAUUUGGCCUGCGGCUCCUGCCGGGGAACUUCGCCUACUACUUCGACAUGCUCAACAAUGACCGGGACAGCCUGGAUGACGAAGACCUUGACCGGGAUGACCCGGAGGGCGACGUCGAGCCCAACGGCGACUUCACCAAGGACAGCGACCUCACCAAGGACACCGACUUCACCAAGGACGGCGACUUCACCAAGGACAGCGACCUCACCAAGGACAUCGACUUCACCAAGGACGGCGACUUCACCAAGGACAGCGGCUUCACCAAGGACAUCGACUUCACCAAGGACAUCGACUUCACCAAGGACGGCGACUUCACCAAGGACAGCGACCUCACCAAGGACAUCGACUUCACCAAGGACAUCGACUUCACCAAGGGCAUCGACUUCACCAAGGACGGCGGCUUCACCAAGGACAUCGACUUCACCAAGGACAUCGGCUUCACCAAGGACAUCGACUUCACCAAGGACAUCGACUUGACCAAGGACGGCGGCUUCACCAAGGACAUCGACUUCACCAAGGACAUCGGCUUCACCAAGGACAUCGACUUCACCAAGGACACCGACUUCACCAAGGACGGCGACUUCACCAAGGACAGCGACCUCACCAAGGACAUCGACUUCACCAAGGACAUCGACUUCACCAAGGGCAUCGACUUCACCAAGGACGGCGGCUUCACCAAGGACAUCGACUUCACCAAGGACGGCGGCUUCACCAAGGACAUCGACUUCACCAAGGACAUCGACUUCACCAAGGACGGCGGCUUCACCAAGGACAUCGACUUCACCAAGGACAUCGACUUCACCAAGGACAUCGACUUCACCAAGGACGGCGACUUCACCAAGGACGGCGACUUCACCAAGGACAUCGGCUUCACCAAGGACAGCGACUUCACCAAGGACGGCGACUUCACCAAGGAAGGCGACUACACCAAGGACAGCGACGACAUCAAGGACAUCGUGGGCACCGAACCGGCUGUUGGUUAUUUGGCCUUUGACAAGAUGAAGACCCAUGCCAUGAACAAGGGCCAGGCGAUGAAGCACAAAGAGCAGAUCCUUGGGGUCAAGAGCCAAGAUCGACUUUUGUGGAACCAUGUGUGUCCCUACAGCUCACGCCGGCGUCCAUGCCUUCCCCGAGGAUGUGGAACCUUUCUUCUGGAAAUUUUCGGCUGUGCAGUGCUCACUGGCAUCGCCCACCAACACUACGGCUAUCCGGUCUCCACUCCCUUGGGAACCGGGCACCACAACCGCAUUGACUUGACGACCGAGACUGGGCGUGAGCAAGCCAGCCUGGUCAUCGAGAGGGAUGAUCCUUACCUUGUGGCAUUCUCGCCUUCGAGUACUAUGUGGUCUGGCUGGCAGCGUGUGAACGCCGAGCGCAACGAGAACAGCAAGGAGGCCACCCAGGCCGCGAGGAGAGUGUGGAUGCCCAUUGUCCGGUGGAUGAAGGAGACCAUUGUGGAACGACUGCGUCGUGGAAGACAGGUCUUGCUCAUGAACCCAGCCGGAUCUGAUCUUUGGAACACUUGGGACCUGCAAGAGCUUCUUUGUCAAGCUUCCACCCGAGAAGCAGCCACCGCCGAGCGUCUGGAGAAACUGUCUUUUGACUCCUGUGCUUUUGGGCUGCAGGACCCCUUCUCUGACAAGUACCACCGCAAGCCUAUGAGUGUGCUGACUGCUUCGCCUGCCCUCAAGGAGAUGCUUCGUCAACAUGGACUAUGCCCUCGAGACCAUGCUCACAGCUAUCUAGCUGGAAGGACAAAAUGCCAGAACACCGCCGGAUGGACAGUGGAGCUAUGCACGGCUGUCAUGGAUGCGCACCUCAGGGACUUAGAUGGCAUCUUGGUCCGUGCAGCGUUCCCGGCCGAGGCUAUGGAGGAGGACGCGGCCGAGCCCCUGGAUGAUGACACCGCGCCCCUCACCUUGGACGAGAUCUACGGUGACGAGGACCUUGCCAGCUUCUUGCCUCAGGCGAAACAGGUCGAUGAGCAAGCUCUUCUCGAUGAAGAAACGCCCAAGCCUGAGAUCGAGCAGGACGAAGGACAGCCGCUUCAGGAGAUGAGAGCAAGGUGGCGUCAACUGCCACAGUCGACACGGAUUGCGGUGAGGAGGCUGCACACUAUGACGGGUCAUGCCUCGGUGACCUCGAUGCAACGCCUUCUUCGAACUGCUGGUGGCGACCCCGAUGUGAUAAAGGCCUUGCCCUACUUCCACUGUCCUGCUUGCGCAGCUCGGCGACGACCUGCCCAACAACCUGCCACAAGGAUGCCCAGCGAAUACCGCUUUAACGUAGAGGUGGCGCUUGACUGCUUCGAGAUCCGAGACGUAAACCGCCACCGUUACACCGUUCUCUCGGCUGUUUGCAUGGGCACGCUCUACCACACUGCCAUGGUGGUUUCUCCAAAUGGUGGCAUGCCCUCCUCGAAGAGAUGCUUGGACGCCUUCCGGACCAUGUGGCUGGACUGGGCUGGUCCGCCGAGACGCCUGGUACUUGACCGUGGUGUCCACAACCGAGGGAUUUUCUCUGAAACCAUCAAUGCCAUGCACAUCGAGCUCAGGUACAUUGGUGUCGAAGCGCCCUACCAGCUCGGACGUGGGGAGCGCCAAGGGGGAAUAUUGAAGCAAAUUCUUCAGCAUGUGAUCGAAGCCCGCCAAGUGGACUCCCUUCGCGCGCUUGAGAUGUUGAUCCCGGAGGCUACUUUUGUCAAGAACAAUAGAGUCCAUCAUGGAGGCUUUACUCCAGCUCAGUGGACGUUAGGCCGCAUGCCUUUGGAAGUUGAUUCCUUGGUUGCUGAAGAAGCCGAGGGACGAGCUGGAGUACACGAGGAAGCCCUGAAUCCCGAGACCGAGUUCGGGAAGCAGUUGCAAUUUCGCAUGGCCGCCAAGGAGGCUUUCAGCUAUGUUGAUGGGGCUCAGCGAGUCCGAGCGGCAAUGCUUCGAAAAAUGACGCCCCAAAGGGGGCCCUUUGCGCCCGGCGACUUGGUCUGCUUCUACCGCAAGACUGGAGGUGGAGCUACCAAGGGACGCUGGAUGGGGCCGGCUCGUGUGCUUGGACUUGAAGGGCGAGGUUUGGCUUGGCUCAUUCACGGCGGCAUUCCUAUUACGGCCAGUGUUGAGUCUCUUCGUUUUGCCACAGGAGGCGAAAUUGCUGCUAAGCGGAACCUGGAGCUGAGACCUUCCAGGAAGCGACGCCGUGAACUUGUGGAGCCUGACGAGGAGUUCGAGUACCCCUUUGGAGACGAUCUGGUGGGAUCACCCACGGCGCAAGGCGGCGGCGGGGAGCCUCAACAGAUUCCCUUCUUUGACAAUGAGGACCCAGACUUGGAGGAGUACUUGCCCAGUCCUUCAGCAGAGCCGACCAUUGAAAGUCCACCGCCCGUCCUGGGGCCACCGCCUGGACUUCCGCCGCCCGCAGGCGACAUUGGCGCGCAACAGCUUCCUCCAGUACCCGAAGAAAGUGACUCAGACCUGGACGUGCCCACUACCAGUGGAGAACCUGAAGAGGAACUGCUACCGCCGAGUGGUCCAGCCACGGCGCCGCCAAGUCGACGGUCUUCGGACACACAGCCAGCAGCUGAUGCUCAAAGCGCCUCUACACGGACUACCAACACACAGCCGACGACUUCUACCCCACUGGAAAGCUUCGCGCAGGGCACUUUGCAACGUGCUCUUCGUCGAUCACCGGAUGCUCUUGAUGGGAUGCCCAACGCAGCUCGCAGCCUUCAACAGCAUGAUGCGGAUAGGUCGCGUUCACCAGCUCCCUUGACACGUGGAGCACCCAGUGAGAGAUCCGCCUUUGUCGGGUUCCUUGCCAGACGCACCAAGGCCAAGACGAACGCUGCCAGGGCAAAGGAGCUCCACCUCAACAAGUCCACCCCGGAACGAAAGCAGAAGAUGCUGGCGGCGCGCGCCAAGGAGUGGAUGAACUGGACAAGCUUCGAAGCCACAACAGUGCUUCCCCCAGCUGAAGCGGCCAAGUUCCUGAAGGAGCACCCCGAGGUGGAGGUGAUACCCACGCGCUGGGUUGACACGUUGAAGUCCGAGCCCUGGGAGGAGGACCGCCACAAGGCAAGGAUGGUGGUGCGCGGUGACUUGGAGAAGGACAGUGAGCUUCGAACCGACAGUCCCACGUGCAGCCAGCAGAUGCUGUCUUUCACCCUGGCUUUGGCUGCGGGACGUCGAUGGCCAGUUUUCGGUGGUGACAUCACAGCGGCCUUUUUGCAGGGAGAGAGUAUCACGCGUCAGCUCGUGCUUUCUUUGCCCAAGGAUGGUGUGGAAGGCGUCGAAGAAGGCAGCAUCAUGAUUGCCAACAAGCCCGUCUACGGCACCCGCGACGCUCCACGUGGUUUCUGGAAGAAGCUGGCCAAGACCGCAAAGAAGCACGGCCUGCGCGAGGUCCCCUUCGAACCGGCCGCCUAUUCCUUGUCCAACAGCAAGGGCGAGCUUCUUGGACUGGUCGUCUCCCACGUCGACGACCUCCUAUGGACAGGUGGGCCCGAGAUGACCGAGGUGAUGCUCCGACUUCAGCAGGAUCUGAAAUUUGGAUCGCUUGACGAGGGCAACUUCACCUAUUGUGGAAGGCUGAUCACCCAGGAGGCCGAAGGGAUCCGGGUGACGUGUCCCAACACCGCUGCCAAGGUCAGGGCGAUCCAUUUGACUGCUCAACGGCGCAAGCAAAGGGACCUGCCAGCCACCGAAUCCGAGACGAGCCAGCUGAGGAGUGUUCUUGGCUCGUUGGGAUGGGUUGGCCGGGUCUGCCGACCGGACAUAUCAUAUGAGCUGUCUGCCUUGCAAGCGGUGCAGAAGCAGGCUUCCGUGCAGGACCUCCUGGACGCCAACCGGCUGCUCUACUACGUGCAGAAAACUCCCGAGGCUGGUGUCUUCUACAAGUACGGAGCCGUGGACAUUGACCGGGCGAUCCUUCUCUCGGUCACCGAUGCCUCCUACGCCGCCGACUACGAUACGAGCAGCAGUGGACAAGUCUUGGGAAAUCGCUCGCAGAGUGGACGACUGCUCUUCCUUGCGGACCCUAGCUUCUUGGAGAAGGGCGAAGGAGAGGUCUAUCUCCUCCAACAUCACUCGAAUGGGAUUCGCCGAGUUUGCCGCAGCACUCUUCAGGCCGAAACGCUCAAUAUGGUCUCCGGGCUUGAAGAAGCAGAGCACAUGCGUGCUGUGAUGUUUGGAAUGCGACACGUGUUGCAAGGAGACUGGCAGGUUCGAGCAAUGGACGCCGUCACCAUCCAGAUGCUCACGGACUGCAGAAGUUUGGAGGCGCACCUGCUGCAAAGUGGAAUGGGAACCACAAGCGACAAGCGUCUUUCCAUCGAUAUGAGUGCUCUUCGCCAGAUGAUCUGGCGGGAAAAUGGUGAGGCCUACGGAGACCCGCUCAACACAGAUGGCAUCCCAGCUGGUGCCACGACGAAAGUUGAGUGGAUUGAGACCAAAUCCAUGCCUGCUGAUGCCCUCACCAAACGGAUGCGCAGUGAACAGCUACACUUGCUGAUGGCAAAAGGCACACUGAAGAUCGACCGAGACCGCUCCUCGAAGAAAGCCGGCAGCAGACCGGUCUAA